AGGAAUUCGCUACUCUAUGGGUUGGAGGCGGGUCCUGCGGACUGGUCGACAGGACCGGGCGGUGCCGGGGGCUGCAACCUGCCAGGAGAACCCCGCGCCCUCGGCUUCGGCGGAGGAGUGAAGACCCUGCGGGGAACCUAGCCUGCGCUAACCCUGGGCUGCCACCGGCCUUCCAGAACUGAGGACAUCCUCCUGUGACCGCUGCUAUGGCUUUUCCCUAUCGGUUGGACGCUCCUGAGCUGCCUGACUUCUCCAUGCUCAAAAGGCUGGCUCGAGACCAGCUCAUCUAUCUGCUGGAGCAGCUUCCUGGAAGAAAGGAUUUGUUCAUUGAGGCAGAUCUCAUGAGCCCCUUGGAUCGGAUUGCCAAUGUCUCCAUCCUGAAGCAACAUGAAGUAGACAAGCUGUACAAAGUAGAGAACAAGCCAGCCCUCAGCUACAGUGAACAAUUGUGCUUCUUGGUCAGACCCCGCAUUAAGAAUAUGCGCUACAUUGCCAAUCUUGUCAAUGCUGACAAAUUGGCUGGCCGAACUCGAAAAUACAAGGUUAUCUUUAGUCCUCAGAAGGUGAGCUUGGAUCCUAGAAGGGGUGAUAUGAAGUUUUAUGCAUGUGAGAUGGUGCUUGAGGAAGAGGGAAUCUAUGGAGACGUGAGCUGUGACGAAUGGGCUUUCUCCCUACUGCCUCUUGAUGUGGAUCUGCUGAGCAUGGAGCUGCCUGAAUUUUUCAGAGACUACUUCUUGGAAGGUGAUCAGCGUUGGAUCAACACCGUGGCUCAGGCUUUGCAUCUUCUUAGUACUCUCUAUGGACCCUUUCCAAACUGCUAUGGGAUUGGCAGAUGUGCUAAGAUGUCAUAUGAUCUGUGGAGGAAACUAGAAGAGGAGGAGGACAGUGAAACCAAAGGUCGAAGACCAGAGAUUGGACACAUCUUUCUCUUAGACAGAGACAUGGACUUUGUGACAGCACUUUGCUCCCAAGUGGUUUACGAGGGCCUAGUAGAUGACACCUUUCGAAUCAAGUGUGGGAGUGUCGACUUUGGUCCAGAAGUUACAUCCUCUGACAAGAGCCUGAAGGUGCUACUGAAUGCCGAGGACAAGGUGUUCAGUGAGAUCCGGAAUGAGCACUUCUCCAAUGUUUUUGGCUUCUUAAGCCAGAAAGCCCGGAACUUGCAAGCCCAGUAUGAUCGUCGGAGGGGCAUGGACAUAAAGCAGAUGAAGAACUUCGUGUCCCAGGAGCUCAAGGGACUGAAACAGGAGCACCGCCUGCUGAGUCUCCAUAUUGGGGCCUGUGAAUCAAUCAUGAAGAAGAAAACCAAGCAGGAUUUCCAGGAGCUAAUCAAGACUGAGCAUGCGCUGCUGGAAGGGUUCAACAUCCGUGAGAGCACCAACUACAUUGAAGAACACAUAGACCGGCAGGUGUCACCUAUAGAAAGCCUUCGCCUUAUGUGCCUUUUGUCCAUCACUGAGAAUGGUUUGAACCCCAAGGAUUACCGAUCCCUGAAAACACAGUAUCUGCAGAGCUAUGGCCCUGAACACCUGCUAACCUUCUCCAAUCUACGGCGAGCUGGGCUCCUAACAGAACAGGCCCCAGGGGACACCCUCACAGCAGUGGAGAGUAAAGUAAGCAAGUUGGUGACUGACAAGGCUGCAGACCUGAGGUGGAACCUAGCACAGAUCUCUUCCCCAGGAAAGAUCACUGAUGCCUUCAGUUCUCUGGCCAAGAGGAGCAAUUUUCGUGCCAUCAGCAAAAAGCUGAAUUUGAUCCCACGUGUAGAUGGCGAGUAUGACCUGAAAGUGCCCCGAGACAUGGCUUACAUCUUCAGUGGUGCCUAUGUGCCUCUGAGCUGCCGAAUUAUUGAGCAGGUGCUGGAGCGGCGAAGCUGGCAGGGCCUUGAUGAAGUGGUACGGCUGCUAAACUGCAGUGAGUUUGCAUUCACAGAUAUGGCCAAGGAAGAUAAAGCUUCCAGCGAGUCCUUGCGACUCAUCUUGGUGGUGUUCUUGGGGGGCUGCACAUUCUCAGAGAUAUCAGCCCUGCGGUUCCUUGGCAGAGAAAAAGGGUACAGAUUCAUUUUUCUGACAACAGCCAUCACAAACAGUGCUCGCCUUAUGGAGGCCAUGAGUGAAGUAAAAGCCUGAAGUUUUCCUGGCUAGUGUUGAAGUCUUUCCUGGACAUGGACCCCACUGGGAUGAUAGUGUUUGACAUCCACCUGCUAGAAAACUGGCCCCCAGCUCAGAGCUGCAGACCUUGGAACUAAUUUGGAGCUUUAGAGAACAAGUCUGAGGAGAAUUUAUGUCCUGUCCCUGGGACAUUCCUGUUUUUGUUUAUGGAGUAUAGCCCAUACUGCUAAGAUAUGAGGGGGGAGAGGUACCCCUUGUUAAAUCCUGUUCAAAUACCAUUGUAAAUAAAGCCCCUGCUUUCAAAUGUAA